AUGGGACACGAGCUGAGGAGCCUUUGGAGCGCUGCCGACCUCAGAGAUAUCAUAUGCAUGCUACUGCCACAGCAACAGCAGCAGCAGCAGCAGCAGCAACAGCAACAGCAACAGCAGCAGCAACAGCAGCAGCAGCAACCAGUCGGUCAACAUCGAAACUCGCAGGCGAGGAAGAGUCGCAAGCAGAAGAAGCGACAGCAACAGCAGCAGCACCGACAGCAGCACGAAGAGCAGCAGCAGCAACAGCAGCAGCAGCAAGACCAGCAGUCUGAUGAGGUUUCUGACCUGUGGCUGCAGCAGCUGGGGGUAAACGGAGCCCCAGAGAAACUGAUGCUGCUGUUGUUCUUCACUUUCUUGCUGGACCUCGACGAAGCAAGCUGCGAGGAACAGCGCGAACUGCCUUCUUUCAUAAGUUCCCUUCUGAGGCACCGCCUGGCCCCACUGCUGCUGCUGCCCUCAGCAGCAGCAGCAGCAGCAGCAGCUGGAACGGAGUCCGCAGCAGCUGCUGCUGAAACAGAGACUGCAGCAGAAAGCAAAUCUUCAACUCUUGCGCAGCAGCAGCAGGGCCUGCUUUCCGUUGUCCAUGCGGUCCUACACCAAGGCAUACGCGAGGCAGCAGCAGCAACAACAGCAGCAACAGCACCUGCUACUGCUGCUGCUGCCAAGAAGCAAAGUCGAGGCCGCAACGGCGCGGACCACUUAAUAUUUGCAGCAGCACAGCGCCGAAUCUUGCUGCGGCUGCAGGCAGCAGCAGCAAAAUGCUCGCAACGUCGUAGAGAGGCCUAG